CCUUCCUCCUCAGUCCUCGCGGUCACUUCACCAGCCAACCACGAGCCGGUGGAGUGGCAGGCAGGCAGGCAGGCUAGCUCAGUAGUGAGUGCCCGAGUCGUAGCCGCCUUUGAAUUCCACGCGGAGGGGAGGCGUCCUCGCGCUCCCCGGCUAGACGGCUAGUCCCGUCGUUUGUCGCUCACCACCUGAUCGAGUAGCAGCAGCUUCGUCUUGUCGACCGCCGGCGGCUAUAUAAACUGCCGCAGAUGGGGGAGAACGGUAAGCACUGCUACCCGGCGGCGGCCAUGGAGGUGACCUCCGCGGAGCUCGGCCACACGGCGGCCUCCAAGUGCUACGACGACGACGGCCGCCUCAAGCGCACCGGGACGAUGUGGACGGCGAGCGCGCACAUCAUCACGGCGGUCAUCGGGUCCGGCGUGCUGUCGCUGGCGUGGGCCAUCGCGCAGCUCGGCUGGGUGGCCGGCCCCGCCGUCAUGCUGCUCUUCUCCUUCGUCACCUACUACACCUCCGGGCUGCUCGCCGACUGCUACCGCUCCGGCGACGCGUGCACCGGCAAGCGCAACUACACCUACAUGGACGCCGUCAACGCCAACCUCAGUGGCGUCAAGGUCCAGAUCUGCGGCUUCCUGCAGUACGCCAACAUCGUCGGCGUCGCCAUCGGCUACACCAUCGCCGCCUCCAUUAGCAUGCUGGCGAUCAAGAAGGCCAACUGCUUCCACGUGGAGGGGCACGGCGACCCGUGCAGCAUCUCCAGCACGCCCUACAUGAUCAUCUUCGGCGUGGCGGAGAUCUUCUUCUCGCAGAUCCCGGACUUCGACCAGAUAUCGUGGCUCUCCAUCCUGGCCGCCGUCAUGUCCUUCACCUACUCCGCCAUCGGCCUGGGCCUCGGCAUCGUCCAGGUGGUCGCCAACAAGGGCGUCCAGGGCAGCCUCACCGGCAUCAGCGUCGGCGCCGUCACCCCCGUCGACAAGGUGUGGCGCAGCCUGCAGGCGUUCGGCGACAUCGCCUUCGCCUACUCCUACUCCCUCAUCCUCAUCGAGAUCCAGGACACCAUCCGCGCGCCGCCACCGUCCGAGUCCAAGGUCAUGCGCCGCGCCACCAUCGUCAGCGUCGCCGUCACCACGCUCUUCUACAUGCUCUGCGGCUGCACGGGCUACGCCGCGUUCGGCGACGCCGCCCCCGGGAACCUCCUCACCGGCUUCGGCUUCUACGAGCCCUUCUGGCUCCUCGACGUCGCCAACGCCGCCAUCGUCGUGCACCUCGUCGGCGCCUACCAGGUCUACUGCCAGCCGCUCUUCGCCUUCGUCGAGAAGUGGGCGCAGCAGAGGUGGCCCGAGUCCAGGUACAUCACCGGCGAGGUCGGCGUCCCGCUCUCCCUCUCCGGCUCCGCCGGCCGCUGCUACAAGAUGAACCUGUUCCGCCUGACGUGGCGGACGGCGUUCGUGGUGGCGACCACGGUGGUCUCCAUGCUCCUGCCCUUCUUCAACGACGUGGUCGGGCUGCUCGGCGCGCUGGGGUUCUGGCCGCUCACCGUCUACUUCCCCGUGGAGAUGUACAUCGUGCAGAAGAAGGUGCCCAGGUGGAGCACGCGGUGGGUGUGCCUGCAGCUGCUCAGCCUCGGCUGCCUCAUCAUCACCGUGGCCUCCGCCGCUGGCUCCGUCGCCGGGAUCAUCUCCGACCUCAAGGUGUACAAGCCGUUCGUCACCACCUACUGAUGGAUCGAUGGUUCGUCGCACUGAACAUAUGCACAGAUUGAUGGACAGACAGAUGAUUUGGCGCCUAGUAUGUGCAGUCUUUAAUUAAAUUAGUCAUUAAUUAAUUACCAAACGGUAAAAAGAAAAGGGAAAAAAAAGAAAAUUGGUGUCCUUGUGAUGCAUAGCUUGCAUCGCCGAUGUACCGUGUCCUGGAUAAUUUCCAUUGUUUGUGAUCUGGUUAACUGAAAAAGGCAGUGAAUUAAGAGAAAUCAAAUAGUGUGUUUCCUAGUCAAAUGCUUGU